GUGCAGAAACUGUGAUUCCCUUUGUCUUGGACACACUGGCUUUACUUAAAACAAAACUGCAAACAUCUCUCAGAGGCUCUCAAAAGAGGUGAAAAGAUGAGAAAGAAGAAUGUGGAAUCUGCACUAUUAUUUCUAACAGGUGUCGUGUGCCUGCUCAUUAUCACCAACAAAAAUGACUCUAAAGAAGAUGAUGUGAAUCUAAAGAGCAAAAAAACAGAAGAAAUCCUUCAUAAUCAAGAAGAUUUCUCUAGAACUGAAACUCUUCCGCCAUCGACUUCAUAUUGUCAGCCGAAUAUGUCAUUUUAUAAACUUCCUGAAUUCUCCACUCUGCCAGAUCAUAUCAAAGACUUUCUGCUUUACCGACACUGUAAGAGUUUUCCCAUGAUUCUCGAUGUGCCUGAUAAGUGUGGUGGAGCUCAAAACUCUGCAGAUGUCUUCCUCCUGCUGGUCAUCAAGAGUUCUCCGGAGAAUUACGAUCGCAGAGAAGUUCUGCGGAAAACAUGGGCUGAGGAGAGAUUGCACAAAGGGGUGUGGAUCCGUCGAAUCUUCAUAAUCGGUACAAGUAGUAGUGGCUUAGGGAAACGCAGGAUGAAUAGGCUACUGAAGCUGGAGAACAAUGAGAACAAGGACAUUUUACAAUGGGACUUCAAUGAUUCAUUCUUCAACCUCACACUGAAGCAGAUCCUUUUCUUAGAGUGGAUGGACAGAAGGUGCCCACACGCCAGAUUCCUUUUAAAUGGAGACGAUGACAUUUUUGCCAAUACGUUUAACAUGAUCGAGUAUCUUCAGGGUCAAGAAGACAAUGAUGGAAGUAGACAUCUCUUUACUGGGAACAUCAUUCAGAACGUAGGCCCUAUAAGAAAGCGUUCAAGUAAAUACUAUAUCCCGGUUCAGAUACAGGAGUCUGACAUUUAUCCUCCAUAUUGUGGUGGAGGGGGAUUUCUACUGUCCGGCUUCACAGCCAGAACGAUCUACAACAUGUCACACUCUGUAAUUCUGCUGCCCAUUGAUGACGUUUACAUGGGAAUGUGUCUGAAGAAGGCCGGCAUCAAACCUACGUCCCAUUUUGGCGUAAGAACUGCUGGUUUGCGUGUCCCAGUUGGAAUUGUCGACAAAUUUGACCCUUGCUAUUACAGAGAAAUCCUUUUAGUCCACAGAUUUCUGCCACACAUGAUUUUUGUGAUGUGGGAUGAAAUACAAAACCCAAAUUUGCGAUGUGCAAAGAACAAUUUCAAAAGAACAAAAGAGCAGGGUGUGUUUCAAAGGGAGAUAUAA